AUGAGAUUUUUGUUAUGCUUGAUUUUCGAGGGGAUUGUUAGUUUGUGGGUAGAUGAAUUAAAGGAAGUGAGAUCCGAGUUAAUAAGAAUAUCGUGGAACCCAUUGCCAUUAUUAAGAUAUCUUUCAAACCCUUCAAAGUUUUCCAGCUCUGCUUCUCCAAGAUUACUUGCAGGCUCAUACACAAAUUCUAGUGGUUCUUUUCGAUUUUAUAGCUCAGAGGGUGAUGGAAGAAACUCAAGUGAAGAUAAACACGUGCCCUUGAAAGACGCAUUGAAGUCUGAUAAGGGUAGUAUCGGAAAAGAAAGUAUCAAGGAGGAUGUGAAUCACCAUGAUGCACAUGCUCGUUUAGGUGAACAAGAUCAAAAGGAAUGGCUUAUUAACGAGAAAUUGGCUAUUGAAAGUAAAAGAAAAGAAUCACCCUUUUUAACUAAAAGACAAAGAUUCAAGAAUGAGUUCUUACGAAGGAUUAUUCCAUGGGAGAAACAAACUGUCUCAUGGGAUUCAUUUCCUUACUAUAUACAUGAACAUUCCAAGAAUCUUUUAGUUGAAUGUGCUGCUUCUCAUUUGAAAAACAAGAAAUUUACCACAACAUAUGGUUCACGUCUAGAUUCUUCAAGUGGGAGAAUACUGCUCCAGAGUGUACCAGGCACUGAGCUUUACAGAGAAAGAUUCAUCAGAGCACUUGCACGCGAUUUACAAGUUCCAUUAUUGAUUCUUGACAGCAGUGUUUUAGCUCCUUAUGAUUUUGGUGAAGAUAACUCAGAAAACGAGUCAGAUGAUGAACAUGGUGAAUCAGGUGAAGAGAUGACAUCAGAAUCAGAAGUUGAUGAUGAAGCAAGCAAUGAAGAAGAGUGGACUAGCAGUGGUGAGCCAGGGUCAGAUGAUGAAGAUGUUGAAGCUCGUGCAGCUGAAGCCUUGAAGAAACUUGUUCCUGGGAACCUUGAAGAUUUUACAAAAAACAUUGCUGUUGUUGGGGAGAUUCCUCCUGAAUCAUCAAAGCAGGACACCGAGUGUUCUGAGGACACAAAGGAGCCUUUAAAGAAAGGGGAUCGUGUGAAGUAUGUUGGGCCUUCUGUCCAUGUGGAAGAAGAUAACAGGAUAAAAUUGGGGUCGAUAGCAACGUCUGAUGGUCCCACAAAUGCAUAUACCGUUAUUUCACGCAGACCUUUAGGCACUGGUCAACGUGGGGAGAUUUAUGAGAUUAGUGGGGAAAGAGUUGCAGUUAUCCUGGAUAACACAGAAGACAAUGAUCAAUCUGCAAAACCAUCAAUAUAUUGGCUUCUUGUUAAGCAUGUUGAGCGUGAUUUUGAUACUGAAGCUGAAGACUGUUAUAUUGCAAUGCAGGCAUUAUCCGAGGUGUUGAAGUCUGUGCAACCUCUUAUUGUGUAUUUCCCAGACUCAUCUUUAUGGUUGUCAAGAGCUGUUUCUAAGUCAAACCGAAAAGAAUUUGUGAAUAGGCUUCAGGAAAUGUUUGACCAGAUAUCGGGUCCUGUUGUUUUGAUAUGUGGGCAAAAUAAAGUUGCUACUGGAUCAAAAGAGAAAGAGAAAUUUACUAUGAUCCUUCCAAAUUUAGGUCGCCUUGCAAAACUGCCUCUCUCUUUAAAGCGACUUACUGAGGGACUAAAGCCAACGAGAAGGCCAGAGGACAAUGAUAUAUACAAGAUAUUCACUAAUAUCAUGUCUUUGCAUCCUCCAAAGGAGGAAGAUCCACUUAGAGUAUUCAAUAAACAAAUUGAUGAAGACAGACGGAUUGUGAUAUCAAGGAGCAAUAUAAAUGAAUUGCAUAAGGUUCUUGAGGAAAAUGAACUCUCUUGUGUGGACCUCUUGCAUGUAAAUACUGAUGGAGUGAUACUGACGACAAAGAAAGCGGAGAACGUUGUUGGUUGGGCUAAAAAUCAUUAUCUGUCCACUUGUGAUCUUCCUUCUGUCAAGUCUGAUAGAUUAAAUUUGCCCCGUGAAAGCCUUGAAAUUGCAAUUAUGAGACUAACGGAGCAGGAAUUGAUCUCCAAGAAGCCUGCACAAAACCUAAAGAACCUUGCAAAGGAUGAGUAUGAGAGCAACUUCAUUUCAGCAGUGGUGCCUCCGGGUGAAAUCGGUAUAAAGUUUGAUGACAUUGGUGCUCUUGAGGAUGUGAAAACUGCAUUACAUGAACUUGCCAUUCUUCCAAUGAAAAGACCUGAGCUUUUCUCUCGUGGAAAUCUACUCAGGCCUUGCAAAGGAAUAUUGCUUUUCGGGCCUCCUGGAACUGGGAAAACACUUCUUGCAAAAGCACUUGCAACUGAAGCAGGAGCUAACUUUAUCAGCAUAACUGGUUCCACACUUACAUCCAAGUGGUUUGGUGAUGCGGAAAAGCUUACAAAGGCCCUAUUCUCCUUUGCCAGCAAGUUGGCCCCUGUUAUUGUUUUUGUUGAUGAGGUAGACAGUCUGCUUGGGGCGCGUGGAGGGGGGUUUGAGCAUGAGGCAACGAGAAGAAUGAGGAACGAGUUCAUGGCAGCAUGGGAUGGAUUGAGAUCAAAAGACAGUCAGAGGAUUCUCAUUCUUGGUGCCACUAAUCGACCCUUUGAUCUUGAUGAUGCUGUCAUCCGUAGAUUACCAAGAAGGAUAUAUGUGGACCUGCCAGAUGCGGAUAAUAGAUUGAAGAUACUCAAAAUAUUUCUUGCCCAAGAGAAUGUAGCACCUGGUUUUGAUAUCAGAGCUCUUGCAAAUGCAACUGAAGGAUACUCUGGGAGUGAUUUGAAGAAUCUGUGUAUUGCUGCGGCAUAUAGACCCGUUCAACAACUUUUAGAUGAAGAAAAGAAAGGAAAGAAACACGACACAACUCCAGCAGCAGCAUUAAGAGCGCUUAAUUUGGAUGAUUUUAUUCAAUCCAAAGCCAAGGUGGGCCCAUCUGUUGCUUAUGAUGCAACAAGCAUGAAUGAACUCAGAAAAUGGAACGAGCAAUAUGGAGAAGGCGGAAGCAGGAGGAAAUCACCAUUCGGAUUUUGAUGGAUGACAUGACAGAUUUUCAUAUUAGGGCAUUGCCAUUUGCCAAAAAUGGAAGAUGGAAGAUAAUGUAGGUAGGUCGCGCAGACACAGACACACACAAUGUUUGUUUGUACUUGUGGUGAAGAUAAGGAGAGCCUUGCUUGCAUAAGGAAAUAUGAUAUGAUUUUAUGUAUUCUAUCUUGUCAAAUACUACACUCUCUGUUAAAGAUGAUAGAUAGAUAGAUAGAUAGCACCCGAUGAAGACAAGACUAAUAAUUCCUUAUAAAAUUUUCCAUUUAUUUCAUAAGCACCC